AUGAGCGAAGAGUUGCCAGGCGAUACAGGACCGAUCUUUCACGAUUAUCCUGCACUGUUGAUGAAGAACGACACUCGAUUUCGGCGGCGCAUAGUCCUCAAGCGCAGUUGUUCGACGUUCUACGAAGUCCCGAGUUUGAAUGUAGCUUGCAAGAUAGGCAAAGACAUUGUACAAGGCUUGAACCUCCUGCGAGAAGCAGGAUUCAUUCACCGAGACAUCAGCGGCGGCAACUGUCUGUUUUAUCUCGACGAAGAAACCAAACGUCGCUGCGGGAAGAUUGCUGAUCUGGAAUACUGCAAGGAAUAUCUUAAAAUCGGAGCUCAUGAUCCUAUCUCGGGCACGAAAGAUUUCAUGGCCGUCGAAGUGGAGAAGCGAUCAUUUUUUGCACCAUCUGGUCGUCUACCAUUCAAGCCGGAGUUUCAUCGACACUACUUGCAUGACCUGGAGUCACUCUACUGGCUCAUGGUCUGGUGCGCCUUUGUCCUGGUCCCCGACGGCAUUCAGCAAGUCGAUGUGGAAAUGUGGGAGAAAGCGUUCUUCGAGUUGUUCCCAUUGGACACAUCGGAGAACAUCAGUAGGAAGGCGGAAAUGCUUUACUGCCCUGGUGAACUGUCGUAUGUGCUGGAUAAAUCUGGAUGGGAUUCUGACACUCUCAAUGUCUUGGAGGACCUUUUCGACCUCGGGAAUGACUUCCGGAACGAAUACGUCCGGCUUCAGAAGAUACCCCAGGAGGAAAGCGGCGGUCGUCGAUGGGCUCAGGAACACUUUAAUGCCGACAUAUAUGACAAGUUCUCCAAAGUCUUGGACAGUGUUGGAAGCCGUCUUCCCCCCGGCAAACAGCAGACCAUGUGGAAGAUCCGUGGGUCCUGA